CUUCCAUUUCCCAUAUUAUCAUUUCUGCUAACAUGAAGUUGUUCCUCAAUCGUCGACAUCACCACAAUCAAAACCCUAACCCUAAUCACACAGCUAUGCUUCCCGAAUUAGCUUCCGAUUCCUCCGCCGCCGUGAUAAAUUCCGAUGAGGAAGAGGAGGAUGACGUGGAUGCUACGGCGUCGUUUUCGGGCACGGAAAUCGAGGAUGAGGAGGAGGAGGAUGAGGCAACUUCGAAGAGCCUUGUGGUUGUUGAGACAGAUAAUAAUAAUGCGUUUUUGAGGGCGGAAAAACCUCCAACUGAUGAUUGUUGUCCUAUCUGCUUUGCCAAUUUUGUUGUUCCUUGCCGAGGUCCCUGUGGCCACUGGUACUGCGGAGGUUGCAUUUUGCAGUACUGGAAUUAUGGUGCCGCACUUCAGCCUUGUAACUGUCCCAUGUGUUCGAGGAAGCUUACUGAUUUGACACCUGAGUCAUCAUUGUAUAGUCAGCAGGAUGCUGAAGUAAUUGAGGUCUUGAAAAAAGUUCAAAAGUAUAAUCGCCUUUUUGUGGGUGGCAGUUAUGGCCUCAUGCUGAAGGUGCUCGGACUGCCCUUUUACAUGAAGAGAGUGUUUAAUGAAAUGAUGAAUCCUGACAGGCCUGGUGCUCAUUUGAACAAAUUGCGAAUUUUUGCUAUGUUCCUGGGACUCCUUUACACACUCAGCCCCUUUGAUUUUCUCAGAAUAGGGAUAAGUGCUACUGAAAGGCCGUCAAAAUGUCAUUGAUGUGUUUGAUUACUCUGCCAUUGCACUAUCCUCGGUGUUAUAUUUAGUUGGGCUGUAUCUUCGACGAAGGCGUUUCCGCCAUGUUAGGGAAAUGGCUGCGGCAGAUUUUGCUGCUCACUGACAGCUGCCAGUUGAUGAAGCAGAUACUUGUAAUCAACUCAUUGUGGAGCUUGAAGAUUUUGGAUUGCCAAUGAUUUUGCUCUGUUUUUAUGGGUUUUCAAGGUCUUUCAUAGUGUGAUUUGGCAAGUUUGAGAUGGUCUUGCCUACGACGACACCGUCCGCUUACCUUUGCCUGCGAGUCUGUACAGAUAGAUAUGUAUAGUGUAUACUCAUUUAGUUGAUCUCUUUUCUAUUUGUCACAUAUUCUUGAAUAUUGCCCGAAAGCGUGUAAUGAAUAUACUUUGUCUGAGAACCACCGGAAUGUUGUACUAAUAAUGGGUUCAACCUUACUUGAACAAGACCUGUCCUAUAGGCUCCUACCAAUGUAUUCUUGAGUUCUGAGGAGUUUGUAUUGGCUCCCUUUUUCUUUAUGUUACUCCUGUUAUUUCUUUGGGUUGUA